GAGAGGAGUCGGUCGCACAUGCGCCUUGAAGGAAGAUGGCACCUGCCGGCUGCUGUUGCUGCGGCUGGGGCGGCGCUGUGUCCGCAGCCGGCGCUGCCGGGCGCCUCCUGGCGCUGCUGCUCCUGGGGGCCCUGUCCGCCGAGCUGCACCCAGGAGCCCUAGGCACCGAGUACUACUCGCCGCUGUCCCUGCUCAAGCAGGAGCUGCAGCACCGGCAGCAGGCAGCGCCCGGGGCCGGCGGAGGCGGAGGCUGCGACCCGCAUUCUGGAGACUGGGGGGACCAGCCUUCAGCGGAGUGCAGCGAGGCAUCUUUUUUGAACUUCCAUGAUUCUUCGGACUGUGAGCCAAAAGGAUCACCACCCUGUGACUCCUUGCUUUCCCUUAAUGCUGAAAAGAUUCUGAACCAGGCAAAGUCCCUUGCAGAACAAAAGCGAUUACCCUUUGCUACUGAUAAUGACAAUACAAAUGAAGAAUUAGCUAUUGCUUAUGUGUUGAUUGGCAGUGGUCUAUAUGAUGAAGCAAUAAGACAUUUUUCAUCCAUGCUUCAGGAGGAGCCAGAGCUCGUUAGUGCAAUUUAUGGCCGAGGGAUAGCCUAUGGAAAGAAGGGACUGCAGGACAUUAAGAAUGCUGAACUUGCUUUAUUUGAACUGAGUCGAGUAAUUACCUUAGAACCAGAUCGUCCAGAAGUAUUUGAACAGCGAGCCGAGAUACUGUCCCCUCUGGGACGAAUCAGUGAAGCAGUAAGUGAUCUCACUAAAGCCAUCCAACUGCAGCCAUCAGCACGACUCUACCGACAUAGAGGGACCUUGCAUUUCAUAUCAGAGGACUAUGCAACAGCCCAUGAAGACUUUCAGCAGUCUUUAGAACUGAACAAAAAUCAGCCUAUAGCUAUGCUGUACAAAGGCUUAACUUUCUUCCACAGAGGACUUUUGAAGGAAGCUAUUGAGUCUUUCAAAGAAGCCUUGAAACAGAAAGCUGAUUUUAUUGAUGCGUAUAAAAGUCUUGGUCAGGCUUACAGAGAACUGGGCAACUUUGAAGCAGCCACUGAGAGUUUUCAAAGAGCCCUGCUGCUCAACCAGAAUCAUGUACAGACCUUACAGCUCCGAGGGAUGAUGCUUUAUCACCAUGGCAGCUUACAAGAAGCCCUGAAGAAUUUCAAGAGGUGCCUGCAGCUAGAGCCAUACAACGAAGUGUGCCAGUAUAUGAAAGGACUCAGCCACGUGGCAAUGGGGCACUUCUAUGAAGGAAUAAAAGCACAAACGAAAGUCAUGCUAAAUGACCCUCUCCCAGGCCAGAAGGCUAGCCCAGAGUAUCUGAAAGUGAAAUACCUCCGAGAGUACUCUCGAUAUCUUCAUGCACACCUCGAUACCCCACUCACAGAGUAUAAUAUUGAUGUAGAUUUGCCUGGAAGCUUCAAAGAUCACUGGGCUAAAAAUUUGCCUUUUCUCAUAGAGGAUUAUGAAGAGCAGCCAGGACUACAGCCCCAUAUCAAAGAUGUGUUGCUUCAGAAUGUUGAGAGCUACAAGCCUGAUGUACAGGAGCUGAUUUGUGUAGCAGAUCGUUUGGGAUCGCUGAUGCAAUACGAAACACCUGGUUUCCUGCCAAAUAAGAGAAUACACAGAGCAAUGGGUUUGGCUGCUUUAGAAGUCAUGCAAGCUGUGCAGAGGACAUGGGCCAACUCAAAAGUGCGAAUGAAUGGAAAAACUCGUCUGAUGCAGUGGAGAGACAUGUUUGAUAUUGCAGUGAAAUGGCGAAGGAUUGCUGAUCCAGACCAGCCUGUACUAUGGUUAGAUCAAAUGCCAGCUCGAAGUCUUAGUAGGGGCUUUAAUAACCACAUCAAUCUAAUCAGGGGUCAAGUGAUUAACAUGAGAUACCUGGAAUAUUUUGAGAAAAUACUUCAUUUUAUCAAAGACAGGAUUCUUGUCUAUCAUGGUGCUAAUAAUCCCAAAGGACUGUUAGAAGUUCGAGAAGCUCUUGAAAAAGUACACAAAGUAGAAGAUCUUCUUCCAAUUAUGAAGCAACCCUUCAAGGAAGGUGCUUGUCAUGAUCUCCAUUUCACAGUUGAGGAAACUGAGGCAGACAGAAAAUUUAACAGUAAAACAAGAGAUGGGUUCACUGUGAAUACAAAAGUUCCCAGCCUCAAAGAUCAAGGGAAGGAGUAUGAUGGAUUCACAAUUACUAUAACAGGAGACAAAGUUGGCAAUAUAUUAUUUUCUGUGGAAACUCAAACCACAGAAGAAAGAACACAAUUAUAUCAUGCCGAAAUAGACGCACUGUAUAAAGAUCUCACAACUAAAGGAAAAGUGUUAAUUCUGUCAUCAGAACUCGGGGAGGCUGAUGCUGUCUGCAACCUAAUUUUAUCCUUAGUUUACUACUUCUAUAACUUAAUGCCACUCUCCAGAGGAUCCAGCGUAAUAGCUUAUUCUGUGAUUGUGGGCGCAUUGAUGGCAAGUGGGAAGGAAGUAGCCGGAAAAAUUCCCAAAGGAAAGUUAGUUGACUUUGAAGCCAUGACAGCUCCUGGAUCAGAGGCCUUUAGCAAAAUAGCCAAAAGCUGGAUGAGCUUACAAAGUAUUUCUCCUUCUUACAAGAGUCUUCCAUCAGUAUCAGAGACAUUUCCAACAUUAAGAACCAUGAUUGAGGUGCUAAACACAGACUCUUCUCCACGGUGUUUUAAGAAACUAUAGUUGUUCUAUAGUAUUUAUUAUAAAGUAAAGGGCUGGGACCUCUUGCUUCUCUUAAGUUAUUUUUUUGAAAAGUGAAAUUAUGAAGAAAUUAGGUCCUUUAUUACUUUUGAUACCAGUUUUUGAUAGGAACUGAAUACUUGAAAGCAUUUUCUUUACUUUUCCAGACUCAAACAAAUCAUGAGAAUUUUGUGGGUGGGCCUAAAAGUCUGGGAGGGAAAAAAAUGUAUUGGCCAAUGGUCUGUUGGUUUUCAUUAAUAAUAGCCAUACACUGCUUCCCUAUAGCAAAACAGUUACAUACAUUUACUUCUAGAGACCAAAAAUUAGUAAAUAAAAAUAGCCAUGAAUAAACAGAUGAUUUUAUUCCUUAUAUAUCUAUGGGAUUUUUCCCCCUCCAAGGAAUAUUUCCCUUUAUGGACUUUCUGAUAAGAUUCUCCUUUUCAGCUCAUAUAAAAUCCUACUUCGUCUUCAGGGUCUCAAAUGUUUAUGAUCGGUGAAAGCAUUAUAAGGCAUUGAUGGAUGCCACACAGCACACACAGAAAAUUUUGGUGAUAGAAUUGUCAGCUAGUGUUCUAGAACACUGAACUGCUGAAACGUGGUUUUUUUUCUUUUGUUGAAAAACCUACAUCACCAGUUUUGGGCACUGGAUUGUGUGUGUUGUGUGUCGUAAUAACUGGUUGCUAUUUCAGGUAGCAGUGUAUGAAAAUUCAAAAUUUAAAACUACCACUGAUUUUACAAAAUCUGGUUUCCAUUUGGGGGUUGGGGAGGAUGACGUGAAAACAAUGAAACUCUGGUUAAUUAAAAGUUUACCGUUUGAAAUUCA